AGGACGACUACACCUGGUUAUACGUUGGGUCUUCAAAGACAUUCUCAUCAUCAGAAAAAUCCCUGAGCCCUUUGCAGUGGUGUAGACACGUCCUAGAUAAUCCGACUCCGGAGAUGGAAGCAGCAAGGCGCUCCGUGUGCCAUAGACUGGAGCAAGCCAGCCGAUGGCGGAGUCUCUUCUCUUCAAAUGUCUCCCUGGCUUUUCCUUAUAGUCCUGUUGCAAGACUCAGCCCUUAUAGCAAUGGCAUUAAUACUCCCAGCUUCUCUAAAACCUCAAAUAAAGCAAUACUAACACCUGAAAGAACAGGUUACACCUCCAGGGGCUCCCCUCUCAGUCCCCAGUCAUCUAUAGACAGUGAGCUGAGCACUUCAGAACUGGAGGACGACUCCAUCUCCAUGGGGUACAAGCUACAGGACCUCACUGACGUGCAGAUCAUGGCUCGUCUGCAAGAAGAAAGUCUCAGGCAAGAUUAUGCUUCCACGUCAGCAUCCGUGUCAAGACACAGUUCCAGUGUGUCAUUGAGUUCAGGAAAGAAAGGGACAUGUAGUGAUCAAGAAUAUGAUCGAUUCAGUUUAGAGGAUGAGGAAGAAUUUGACCAUCUGCCACCACCUCAGCCCCGUCUUCCAAGAUGUUCACCCUUCCAAAGAGGAAUCCCCCAUUCACAGACUUUCUCCAGCAUUCGGGAAUGUAGGAGGAGCCCCAGUUCCCAGUAUUUCCCUUCAAAUAGUUACCAGCAGCAACAGUGUUAUUCACCUCAAGCCCAAACUCCAGAUCAGCAACCAAAUAGGACCAAUGGAGACAAGCUCCGAAGGAGUAUGCCUAAUCUAGCUCGGAUGCCAAGCACAAUGGGCGUUAGUAGCAAUGUGAGCUCUCCAGUCACCGUGCGAAAUAGUCAGAGCUUUGACUCAAGCUUGCACGGAGCUGGAAAUGGGCUUUCAAGAAUACAGUCUUGUAUUCCAUCGCCAGGACAGCUUCAACACAGAAUCCACAGUGUGGGUCAUUUCCCUGUGUCUGUCCGACAGCCUCUUAAAGCCACAGCCUACGUGAGCCCAACUGUUCAAGGCAGCAGUAACACGCCCUUAUCCAAUGGCUUACAAUUAUAUUCCAACACUGGAAUCCCCACACCAAACAAAGCUACCACUUCUGGGAUCAUGGGCCGCAGUGCACUUCCAAGACCUUCACUGGCAAUAAAUGGGAGUAACCUGCCUCGAAGCAAAAUUGCACAACCUGUCAGAAGUUUCCUUCAGCCUCCAAAGCCUCUGUCUUCACUCAGCACUCUGAGGGACGGAAACUGGAGAGAUGGUUGCUACUGACGCAGUUUUACGUACCCUUGAAGAAUGGGAAAGAAGUGGAAAUGAGGGUUGUAUUACCUAGCUGGCUGGGUAACAGUGGAUGUCAGGAUAUUCUUUCCCUUUUGCAUUUUAACAUACUUACUGCAUUGUUUUUCAAUGAACCAAUCACCAGAGACUAAUUAUUGCACUUAAAUAUUUGCCUGAGAUACUGCAGCAUUCUCAAAUCCAUGAUUGCAGUAUUGCGACACUUAGAUCUAGAAAGUUUUUGUAGAACUGCUACGUACCUGAACACUUUUUGAGAGAAUUGAGAUGUAUCAUUAAUGCUUUCUUUGCCAUAUGAGUUUUUAAAGUAACUUGUUCAAUUUACUUAUGUGUUCUAAACAUCUUCCCAGUACAUGUUCUGUGUUUUAAUACAUUACAUAUUUACAAAUAUGUUCGAUCAAUGUAUGCUUUGAAAUUUACUUUUUUAUAGUUUACAGGAAUUUUAUUUUUUUGUGCCUAUUUCUUUUUACAUCUACGUGAACCACUAUGGAACAACUUAAAUUUUGUGCCAUAAAAAUAUUUUUGUGGUAAGGGACUAUUUUUUUAACUCUGAGGAUAUAUCAGCAAAAAUCCACCAAACAGUUUCAGAGACAUAAUUUUGUGUUGAAUGAGCACUGUGUAAUCUGAAGCAUUGCAAGGAGGUAGCCAGACAGCAAGUUAAAUGGUCUCGUCUUUUUCAUUGUUAAUUUAUUGUCACACAUGGGUUUCAUAUUUAUAAAGGCAUCACAAGCUCAUUGCACUUAAUACCGGCAAUGUUUGCUACUAUACCACCACUGAUUUUCAAUACUUUAUUACAGAGGAUGAAACUGUAAUGUUUUAUUAACAAUGCUUCUGGAAAUGAAUGCAUUUUAAAGCAAAUAAAUCUUUUUGAUAGACCUUUUACAAAACCCAUUUGCACUAAUGAAUGCUUUUCUUAUGGUAUAUGACUUAAUAUUUGUUACUGUGUACACUGCUGUUUUGGAAUGUUCAGAAAUAAAGACUAUUUCAGCAAUA